AGGUCGGACAGAACAAUGAAUCCGCGGCUCCUGUUGUUCGUGUGUCUGCUCUCCCUCGCCUCCGUGCGGGGACAGGUCAGUUACUCGAUUCCAGAGGAAAUGCCCAAAGGAUCGCUUGUGGGAAACAUCGCUCAGGAUUUAGGUUUGGAAAUGAAACGUUUGAUUUCUGGGAAAGCGAAAAUCUACAGCAGGAGUAGCGGAGAAUACGUGGAGCUGAACAGAGAAAGAGGAGUCCUGCUCGUUAAAGAGAGGAUCGACAGAGAGGCGCUGUGUGCGGAGACUGCGCUCUGUGCUUUACAUUUUCAGAUCAUUUUAGAGAACCCGAUGGAACACUACACGGUGAAUAUCCAGAUUACAGACAUCAAUGAUAAUGCACCAGCUUUUGAGAAAACGACGGUAGAAUUUAGAAUCAGCGAGUCUGCAGUGAUCGGUUCUAAAUUUGAAUUAGCAGCAGCUGAAGAUCUGGAUGUUGAAAACAACGGGAUUCAAAAAUAUGAAUUAAAACCCGCUAAUAAUUUUGUUCUUAACCUGAACAAUAAUCCUGAUGGGACUAAAAACGUGGAGAUGGUUUUACAGAAACCUUUAGAUCGUGAGAAACAGGAGGAGAUCUCUCUCGUCUUAACGGCUGUGGAUGGAGGAGAGCCGCAGAUGUCAGGAACAAUGAUGAUCGUCGUCACGGUGUUAGACGCUAAUGAUAAUGCUCCAGUUUUUACGCAGCAAACAUACAAAGCUACAGUUACUGAGAAUUCACCUAAAGGAACAAUUGUUGCUGCUGUGACAGCCUCAGAUGCUGAUCAAGGAUCAAACAGCAGGAUUACGUAUUCAAUUAAAAAUAGAGGCGGGAGUUUGCGACAUUUGUUUGAGAUCAACAAAGAAAAUGGGAAAAUUGUUUUAAAUGAAAAUAUUGAUUAUGAAAAAUCAAAAAGUUUUCAAAUUUCUAUUGGAGCAACUGAUGAUGGAGGACUAACGGAUUCUUGUAAAUUAAUUGUUGAUGUUCUGGAUGUAAAUGAUAAUAAACCAGAAAUUAACAUAAUGUCAAAAUCAAAUAUUAUUCCAGAAGAUGCUAAACUGAACACAGUUGUUACAAUGAUUCACAUUGAAGAUCUGGAUUCUGGAGAUAAUGGUA